ACCGCACAGUGAAGUGGUUUGCAACAGUUACCUGGCUCCUGGCCUCAGUCCAUCUGGAUCAAGUUGCGACCUGAAAGAGAUCUUGAAUUGGUGGUGGCAGUGCAAAGACCCAAGAAUGCCAGUCAGGAAGAAAGAUACUGAUCGAGCCUUAUCAUUACUGGAAGAGUAUUGCAAAAAACUAAGGACACCAGAGGAGCAGAAGUUGAAAAAUGCUCUUAAGAAGGUGAUGGGGAUAUUUAGGAGCAGCUUAUUUCAAGCUUUGUUAGAUAUUCAAGAGUUUUAUGAGGUCACAUUGCUAAAUUCUCAGAAAAGCUGUGAGGAGAAAAUAGAAGAAGCCAAUCAAAUAGUACAGAAAUGGGAGAAGACGUCUCUUCUUGUUCCAUGCCAGGACAAUCUCUCCCAAACUACAGAGCUUACAGUUUGCAAUAAAAUGAAGGAAAAUACUGAGCAAAACAAAGACAAUCAGCAUUUUGAAAAUAAAACUGAUGAAAAGAUCAGUCAAAACCAAGGCAAAUGUCCAGCCCAGAAUUGUCCAGUAGAAGCGCCUGCUUGGAUGCCUGUCCACCACUGUACUUUUUGA